AUGGCGACGUCCACGAAAUCAAAGCGAGAAAACUCUACAAACAGCGAGGAACUAUUCGAAUUCGUUGAUUACACAUCAGCUUCUAAUUUUGAACGCUUGGCAAACGCUGUAGAAGAGAUCCUGUCACUAUGGGGAUUCAAGUACUCCGACCAUGGCAUCACUUCAGACAGUAUCCCUGAAACAGCGCCUUCAAUAGACACAGCGUUCCGAAAAGAAUCCAUGUCAAUAGAGGAUACCACUUAUAACCUCAUGUACCACUGUGACCCAAAACUUAUACAGGAGCACCACGAUCCAAUCAAUGCACCGUUUGUAGCGGAGGCUUUGACGAGCGCUGUAACUGACCACGGAGAUAAAGAAACCAACUUUCACGCAUUACAUCGAUGGACUGGCAUAGCACGACUAUUAGUGUUAGAGGUCACAAGUGACUCAUUGCGAUCACGAUUGUUCGCAAGUGGCAAAGCGACAGUGGAUAUCAGUCAAGCCAAAUUACUAUUGUCGGCAUGUCGAAUCGCAAUCCAUAACACUGCCUGUAAAAUACCGAUAUUCAUACGUUGUGGACCCGCACGUUAUGGCCUUUUCAUUGGAUAUAGUCUGUCAAAAGACCAGGAUCAAGAUAUCACGGAGUCAAAUUUCAAUACCAUGGUUGUACCAUCGUUGCCCUCAACCUGGUCAGACCUGAAUAUAGUUCGGCGAGUUCUCCGGAAAAAACUGGAAAUCGAUGAAUAUGAUGGUGAUCUGGACAUUCACGCUACGGCAGCUUUUACAUACAGCCUUAAAAACUGGUUUGACGAAGACUGGAAGUCAUGGAACGAUGGAGGUGAUGAAUCUGAGGACGACAGCACCAAUGUUAGCAAUAGUAAUGAUCUUUUGGAGCGAAACUUCGAUGAAGUUUCCACAAAGAAGAAAGCAAAGCCUGCAUCUUCACUUCCCCAUCUGGAUUUUGGAUCAUACAAUGAUCCUCUUAGAUCGUUGAACCUCACAGCUAUCUUUCCAAUGACAAACCUCAACACAUUCCUGGAAAAUCAGUUUAGCUCUGAUAUGGAUGCAAUCGUUUCACCAAUCUGGAGAGUAGCAACUGAAUUCGCUCCUGAUGCACAGCAACGUGCAGUACUAUCAUCUUCAAUCGACGAUGCUAUCGCUUCAUGGAUAAAAGAUCCUGCCAAUAAAGACUAUCUUGCGCCAUAUGACGACAGUAAUAUAAACAACGAAGACAGUAGUACCCAACGAAGCCGGCUUUCAAGAGAUCCUAAACGCUUACGCAAUCUGUUACAGUCUGGUCGAUCUUCCGCCGAUGUUGCAAUGCCAGGUGGCCUAGGAGGAGCAAAAGACAAUGGUGGAGCGGCAAAUGUUACAUUUGUAGCAUCGGAUGAGGUAGAGACUGUAUUACAUGCUCUGUUUGAAGCAAAUCUCGAAGCCGAACACUCAAAUCGACACUAUUAUGGAGAAACAUUUGACAAUCUUUCCUCCUGUGAUACCUCCUUGCCAACUGUUCGUUCUCUUGGAUUCCAUGUCAAGGACGACCAAUUGGUUCCUUACAAAUCCUUUUUGUGGAAUUUACUCGUCCUAGCGCUAAAUGCUACUACCUCUAGCAAUAAGACGGCAAACACGUCUUUUAUCAGUUUUCUCAAAAUACUAUGGUCUGAAGUUAUGCGACAAAUCCGAUGGUAUUGGGAGCAUAAUGUAUUAAUACCAAAUGUAAAUGUACGCUCUAAUUUGAUUGCCGAUGACACCGAGGACUUGAGUGACAGCAUUCACACCGUCACGCCAAACGUUGCGCAAGAGACCAUGGCUAUAGAUUUGCGGUUUAAUAUGCUACAUCAAAAACUGGCAAUGAUCAAUUGCUGCAUUCGAAGGCAGCAGCAAAUUCAGAAACAAAAAGGCCAAAAUACUCCAUCUUUGUCAACAGUUUCCAGCCCGUUGAUAAAGAAGAAAACAUACCACAAUUUGUUUGAUGAAGUGAGACCACAAUCAUCAGAGGAACCAAACAAAGGAGAGUCUGGUUUUAACCGCUUUCUAGAGCGACUUGUGGAAGGGGAUGACCAGCCUGGAAUGUUCUCUCAAGUUGACCAUCAAGCAUCUACUCUGGUUCCAGAAGAUGCUAGCUGGGAUGAGACUAUGGAUAUUGAGGAAGAAGAUGAUGAAUACUUUGACUCCAUCGAAGACGUCGCACCAUCCAACACCGCAAAGCUAGCAGGACAGUCUAGCCGCAUGGAUGAAUCAUUUGUCCAGCUUGAUAAGACUUCCAGCUCUGAAGGUGCCACGAAGUCCGAUUCGGAAGUUACGGAGGAUGGUGAACGAAUCCCGCAAGGCAGAAAAAGCAUUCUUAAAGAUAUCAUGCUUUGUAAUGAAGAAGAACCUCUGUGGAUACCUGAAACUCAAGAUAUCGGUUUUAUGACAGAAGAUAUGGUCAAGCAGCAAGCUGAAGUGUUUGAGAGCCUGGGCACAUCUGACGAUGCUGCUAAAAUCCGAGCUCAGCUUCAGUCGGCUCAUCUGCUAUCCGAUAUGCAAGCAUUCAAGGCUGCCAACCCCACAGCAGUAUUCAAUGACUUUGUACGUUGGCACUCACCCAAAGACUGGGUUACUGAAGGUACUGACGAUGGCAAGCCCCAGCUCAGCGCCAGAAUGGCAGAGGCUGGUAAUCUAUGGUUGGAACUCUGGCAGGAAGCCAAGCCUAUACCAAUUACUAAACAAAAACCGUUAUUUAACAUCACCAUGGAAGGUGAAAAGGCAUUACACUUUUUGGAAAGCAUGUCUGUGUACGAAGUCUUUUCAUUCCUGCUACCCACUGUUGCCUUGAUUGCAUACGAUACACUGGUUUCACAUCCUGUUACCCUGCGCGUGCCACAUCUAACGGCAAAGAUAUCUGAACUGGCUAAAGACAUUACAAAAUUCCCUUGGGACGAUAUGCGCCAAGGCAAAGUUUCAGGUGAUUCCAUUAUAUCCUCCAUACGCGAAAAGGAGAUAUUGAUAUGCAGAGCGAACUCCCUUCUGCGCAAGUUACCCCGGCAGGUAGAACUGGUCGAUCGGCUAAUCCAAUCAUGUGAGAGCCAAGUGGAAGAUGAUCAAGAACGUGAAGUGGUUUACACGCUCUUCUCGUCCGAAGGUAAAGGCUGCACCACCAUCGUAAUGCCGAUUUUUCAUGUGACAAACUAA